AUGAAAGGAUUGUUUUUCCUCAUAAAUAUAUAUGUCACAAUGGGAUUAUUAAUUUGUAAAGACUAAUAAGGUUUAACUUUGCAACUUGACAAAUCCAUAAAAAUUCCUAACUAUAAUUGCACUAUGAAUGUAAGUAAUGAUAAACUAAUUAAUAUGACAUCUUUGGGAGGACAACUUAAAAUUACAGGAACUGAAUUAUUUUUGAAUUAAAACACUCUUUUGCAUGGUUUCAGGUUAGUUGAAUUUCAGAACAUCACAAUUAACACAUAAACCAAAAUGCUAUCAAUAUCAACUUAAGUUCAUAUGAAUAAUGUUACUCUUGUAAGUAAUUUCUAAAUCAAUGCAACCAAAAUAUUUAUUCGUUAGACUAUAAUGACUAAGAUGAAUUUCUAAUAUAUAUCAGUGUUUAAUUCACCAAUAGAUGUAGAUGGAAUGAUUAUAUCAAACUCCACUUUUUAUAGAAGUUCUCUAGUUGAAUAAGAAAGUAGAUUACGAAAUGUUAUAUUUGAUUAAGUCAACUUUAUCAACUCAACAUUAGUUACAGUUGCUUAACUCAGGAGAAUAACAUUUAAUAACUCAUUUGUAAUUUAAAGUAUUUUGAUGGUUUCAGAUAUAUCUUAAGAAAUAAUCAUUCAAAAUUCAUACUUUACUCUUUCUACAGCUUUACAAGUCAAUGGAGCACUAUACACAACCAUAAUUAAUGUAACAUUAUCUUAAAGCCAUUUAAUGAGAAUGCAAAGCAAUAAUUAAAUAUAAAUAAUUGGAACUAUAUUUCAUUCUAUUAUAUCAGACUCUCAAUUACUGAUUGCUGAUAGUCAAUAUAUUUUAAUGUUAAACACUAGUGUAAUUAAUGUUCAAUCAGAAGUACUUUUAUUUUAUAAUUCAUAAAAUAUUCUCAUCAAAAAGUUUAAAUUGAAGGGGCUUCAAGGAAGUUUGAUGAUAAAUAAGCAUUCUUCCAGUAAUGUCAUUAUAAAUUAAUUCACAAUCUAAUCAAGUGAAUCAAUUAAUCCCUUUUUUUCUAUUAAUGGCACUCUAGAAAUUUAUAAAGGAAAUUUUGAUUCUUUUUUAGGAACAAUAUCCAAUUCAAAUUCAAUUAAAGAGCUUUUAAUUGAUUAAGUGAAUUUUACUUAGAUAUCUAAUUCAAAUUUAUUUAAAUUAAAAUAGUCCUCUUUAAUUCAAAUAACCAAAGUGCUUGUUAGUAAUUGUACAUCAAUCUAAAUAGCAAAAUUAUCAAAUAUUGUAAAUGUGAUUAUAAAAAUGGUUAUUAUAUAUGAUUGUGAGGAAUGCAAUUUUCUAUAACUUAAUAAUUCAAAAAUUGAACUUAACUUAAUUAAAUUAUUCUAAAUAAGGAACUACUUGAUACCCUUAAUUGUUAUGAAAAAAUCAAACAUCAAAAUUAAGUAGAAUCAAAUAUUUAAUGUUACUUAGAAUACUAAAUAGGUUUUAAGAAUUGAAGAUAGCUCAAGGAUAAUUUUAUAUGAUUUUUAAUUGUAUGAUAUUGAUUGCUAAUUUUGUGAUGGGAUUGUAGUAAUAAAGAAUAGCUAUUCUACUGAUAUUUAAAAAUGCAAUUUCAAAAAUUCCAUAUCUUUGUUAGGCUACAUUAUUGUUCAAAAUAAUGUUAAUUUAAUUGCUUCGGAUAAUGUAUUUUCAAAUCUUACUGUUAAUUUAGGAUCAGGUUUUGUGAUAACAAAUUCUUCUGUUAAAAUCUUCUAAAACUAAUUUAAUGACUUAAAGUCUUUAGAUGGUGGAGUAAUUUACUUAAAUCAAAUUGGAAAUACUUCACAUUAUAUUGAAUUUAAUGAAUAUGUAAACUGCAGUAUGAAAAAUAAUAAAUAGAUUCAUCUAAUAACAAAUUAAAUUGUUGAACCUGAUAUUUAUACUUACAUCACUGGACCUGUUUAUAUUAUCUUAGAGAAUACUACUUAUUUACUAGAUGAUUUAAUUAAAAAGAACACUUUAAUACAAUACGAUAAAUUAAAGAGCGGAUAAAAGAUUGAAUUCAUCAUAGCUAUUUUAGAUAGUGGAAAGAAUAGAUUAUGUAAUUUAAAAAAUUAUAUGACACUCAAUUUUAAGAUAUUUCUAUUCAAUUUUCAAAAAUGUUAAUAUGAAAUAUUAUAUCAGUAUUAUCAAAGUUCACCUAAAAAUGAGUAAAUAAUAUUACAAAUAGAAUUCCCAUAACUUAAAUUUUAUUUUGAUAUAGUAAAACUAUCAAUUUAUUUAAAUAUGAUUGAAUGUGAGAUUGGGGAAACUUGGAUUAAUUAAACAUGUUUAAAAUGCCCUUCUGGAACAUAUAGUUUGAUGAACUUCAACUAAUGCUUAUAAUGUUUAACAUAAAUAGAAUCAUGUCCUGGAGGGUCGGAUUUAAUAAUUAAAUAAGGUUAUUGGAGACCCAACAACUAAACUGAUUAAAUAGAAUAUUGUGGAACAUCUUAAUAUUAAUGCUUAGGGGGCGCAUAGAAUUUCACAUGUGCUGAAGGUUAUAUUGGAGCCUUAUGUAAUGAUUGUGACUAUUAUGCUGUUUAAUGGAAUGUUUCAUAUACAAGAAAUUAGAGUGGAAAUUGUUCAUUAUGUUAAAAUGAUACAUUUAACAUAUUGAAGAUAUUUCUAUCAUUUUUAUGGAUUUUAAUUGCUUUAUUUAUAUCAGUUAGAGGCAGUCUGAAAUUGGUGAGAUCAUAAUUAUCAGCAUAUUAUCUAAGGAUGAUGGGAAUGUUCUUUGCAACAAGAUCUAAUAUGAUUUUUGAUAAAACAGAAAUUCUGAUGAAAUUAGUUUCUAGCUAUUUUCAAUUGAUUUCUAUAAUUUAAAUAAUUGAAUUUGAUUUCCCAACACCAAUAGUAUUUUUAGCUUAGAUGAUAGGAAAUCCAUUAUCUACAUUUGGAUACUCUAUUGAAUGUUUUCUAUUAUAAACUCAUAUAGAUAUAGAGAUUGUCUAUUUAAGAUAGCUUUGGAAUUUAUUUAUUUCAUUAUUAUUUGUAAUUUCAUUUGUAUUCAUAUACUCAAUAAUAUAAUUAUGUAAGACAAAUAAAUUGGAAGAUUCAACUAAGACUGUUUUCAUAACUUGUUUCAUUCAAGUCAACUUUUACUUUUAAGGGGACAUCAUUGAAGGAUUAUUGAAAUUGAUGUUCUGUAUUAAGGCUUCAGGUUAAUACUAUAUUUAAGCUGCCACAUCAUAUAUUUGUUAUACUGAUAUGUACUAUUAAUAUUUAAAAAUAUUUAUAAUCCCAACAAUACUGAUAGUAGGAGUGAUAUCCCCUAUUUUUUACAUAAUGAAAUUGCAUAUGAAUAAGAAUAGGUUGUGGACUUGCAGGUUAAGAAUGCCUUAUGGUUAUUUAUAUGUGGAAUAUAAGGAUAGAUAUUAUUAUUGGGAAUUCAUUUGUUUUUUUGAGAAAUCAAUCUUUUAUCUAUUAAAGACAAUAUUAAUUUAAGACAUUAAAUUAAUGUUCCUUUUAGCAAUAUUAGUAUUAUUGAUUUAUUUAGAGUUUUUAAUUCAACAUUAACCCUAUAUUGAGAAACAAUACAAUUUUAUUGAUAAGAUAUCCACUUAAUUAGCCGUGAUCACCUUAAUUUGUUCUUAUAGUCAACACAAGAAUUCUUAUGGUUGGUUAGUGUAUAUAUUAUCAAUAACAUGUUCAUGUCUUAAUCUACUCUAUUGUUCUUAUAUUACAAUAAAAAUAAUAAAGGAAUAUUUGUCUGGAUUAAAACAGCAAAACAUAGAAAAGAUAAUAAAUUUAAUAAUACGAUAUCCUUGUAUUAAAUAUUUUAUCAAGAAACCUAAAAAUUUUCAUGCAAAACAAAAGGCAUGUUUAUUAUGGAAAAAGGCUAGAGUUUACGUUAUAGAAUUCAUAGGAAAAUUGAAGUUACAAAAAUCAAAUCUUGAUCUUAAUUCUUAAAUAUAAAUUAAUUCCAAUAGACCAAAAACAUCAUCUACAAUUAUUACAAUAAGUUUAUUGAAUUCAAUUGCACCUCAAUUAGUCAAAUAUAUGUAUAUCAAUAUAUUUAAAUUUAUUAUAGAAAACUUCAUAGAAAUAAAAUGAAUUAGAGAGUAAUAAUAUAGAAUGAAUUUACUAAUGUGAUAUCAGCAUAUAUUAAUCCUGAAAAUCCUUAAAAUCUAGAUAUUAUUGAAUUGCAAAAGAAGAGUAAUGUAUCUACUGUAUCUUCAAUUUUCAGUUAUAUAAAUAAUCAUAAUGGAGAAUGA